AUGGACACCAGAUCGAUCGUCAAAGCUUCAGCAUUCCUCAUCUUGACCCUGAUCAGCACUCCAUCCAAUAUCGCCAUCUGCUGUGCUUUCCUGGACAUGCUGCUAACCGAUGGCAAACUCAUGCCCACCGAUGUCAUUCUGUUCCACCUAGCUUUAGCCAACCUGAUGAUGGCGCUGUCUCGCAGUCUCCCUCAAACGCUGACUGCAUUUGGGUGCACCAAUUUAUUUGAUGAUUUAGGAUGCAAAAUUAUCGUCUUUUGCUUUCGCCUUUUCCGUGGCCUUUCCAUAAGCCUCACCUGUCUACUAAGCAUAUACCAAGCUGUCAUCAUUUCCCCUAACAUCACCAAGAUGGCAGUGCUGAAAAAUGGACUGGCAAGGUGUCUUCUGCCCUUAAUCAUAUUUCUCUAUGCCUUUUGUACUGCUACAUGUCUGAAUCCAAUUCUAUACGCUGUGUCCAAACUGAUAAAUAAUACUGUGCCACCUUACACGUAUAACUUGGAAUUCUGCUUUAUUCCUUAUCCUGAUGCAGCCUCCUAUGUCUCAGCAGGCCUCAUUAAUUUUUUUAGAGACUUUGUGUUUAUCUUAUUAAUGACCUUCAUGAGUGUUUAUAUUCUAGUACUUCUCUACCAACAUGGUAAGAAAGUCAAAAGCAUCAGGAGCUCUGAUCGGGGUCAGUCAGAUUCAAGACCAGAAACCAAGGCAUCCCAAGCGGUGGUCACCUUGGUCAUCCUCUAUGUCAUUUUCUUCGGAGUUGACAAUAUCAUCUGGUUGUACUCAUUGUCUGUCUUGAAAGCCAUAUCACUUGUUAAUGAAGUCAGAGUCUUCUUUGCUGCCCUCUACAGUUCAGUGUGCCCUGUCGUUGUCAUUGCCACCAAUCCUAAGGUCAAAGCAAAGCUGAAAAGACUCUCACAAUCAGUGAAGAGCAUUAACUCUUAA